GCGAAGACUCGUACCUUACACGCAUCCAAUAUGGCUUCAAACAAAGAAGAGACCAGCGGGCCCGCCCGCCUCCCAGCCCCGCGUCUGGUGAGCACAGCCCACAAAGAAGACGGGACCUCAGUCUUCGCAUCAGACGAGGCCAUCCAGCCAUUCCAGCCGUUCGGGCCCGGCACGAGCGCGUUCCACAACUUCGACAUCCGGCCGUCGCUCCCGGCCGACAACACCGAGGCGGCCUCCCAGUCCACAAUCGCCAACACGUUCCCGCGGUGCAGCCCCGGAGGUGCGUACUUCGGCGUCACGGACAUCCCGCCCAGCUACUCGGCCCCGAUGCACCGCACCCUGAGCCUGGACUACGCGGUCGUGCUGUCUGGUGAGAUUGUGUGUGUGCUUGAUGGCGGGGAGGAGAAGACGAUCGGCCAGGGGGAGUUUAUCAUCCAGCGGGGCACGAAUCACCAAUGGAUCAACCGGUCUCAGACAGAGGUGGCGAGGAUCUUGUUUGUCAUGGUCGGCGCUCAGACGGUUGUUCUUCAGGACGGGAAGGAAUUAGAAGAAACUGUACUUAAGAAGUAA